ACCACUGGCUUUUAAUCGGUCUAUCGAGUAUCCGGCGUGGAGUAUUGUAUUUUGUCAAGGUUUUAAGCUGAUGCAAUUUUGUGCAUUAAAGUGCGAGACUUAAGGACGAGUUAUCAGAAGUUUAAGUCACAAAGUAAACAACAUGCCGGCCGACCAAAUGGCAGAUUUAACUUUGGGUGCUCUCUUUACAUCGGAAAAGAAAGGAAGCGACGAGUCUGGCGAUGGCAGUGAAUCGAAACCCUUUAAGACCAUUUUGCAGGCGAUGCGUCAUGCAGGAAAGGAACCCUUUCCCACUAUUUACGUGGACAGCAAGGAUCCCAAUGCUGCGGAGUCCUUCGAACCGGCUGCCAAGUCGCAACUGAAGAAGAUCCAAAAACUCUUUGUCCGCGAAUCUCACAAGAAUGUCGGGAAGGAGCAGCGCGAAGCGGAGGAUGCAGUGAAACGUCAGCAAAAUCUGGAGGAUGCGCGCAAAAUAAAGAUCUCGGAGGAUUCCAGUCUACCGGUGGCCCGUAAGAUUCGCAUCUUCGAGGGCGCCUCCAACCGGGACUCACGCGUCAAGGUCUACGGCUGGGUGCAUCGCCUUCGGCGUCAGGGCAAAUCCCUGAUCUUCAUCACCUUGCGCGAUGGCACCGGUUUCCUGCAGUGCGUCCUCAACGAUCAGCUUUGCCAGACCUACGAUGCCCUUACCCUGAGUACGGAGAGCUCUGUGGUUCUGUUUGGCAAGCUAAAGCCGGUUCCUGAAGGAAAAACAGCUCCUGGUGGUCACGAGCUCAACGUGGACUAUUGGGAAUUGAUUGGUCUGGCUCCGCCCGGCGGUGCGGAUGCCAUUCUCAACGAAGAGGCCCAGCCGGAUGUGCAGCUGGACAACAGGCACAUCAUGAUUCGCGGCGAGAAUACCUCGAAGGUGCUGAAGAUGCGAGCGGUGGUCGCGCAGGCUUUCCGUGCGCACUACGAGUCACGAGGCUACAACGAGGUAACGCCCCCGACUCUAGUGCAGACCCAGGUGGAGGGUGGCUCCACGCUUUUCAAGUUAAAGUACUUCAGCGAAGAGGCAUACCUUACCCAGAGCUCGCAACUUUAUCUGGAGACCUGCCUGCCGGCUUUAGGCGAUGUCUUCACUAUUUCCCAGAGCUAUCGGGCCGAGCAGAGCCGCACCCGUCGCCACUUGGCUGAAUACUCCCACGUCGAAGCCGAGUGUCCUUUCAUUUCUUUCGAUGACCUCCUGGAUCGAUUGGAGGACUUGGUUUGCGAUGUGGUGGAUCGUGUUUUAAAGUCCCCUUGGGGCUAUUUGGUCAAGGAGCUCAACCCUAACUUCAAGCCGCCGCAGAAGCCGUUCCGUCGCAUGAACUAUGAGGAUGCCAUCAAGUGGCUGAAGGAGAACAACGUGACCAAGGACGAUGGCACCUUCUACGAGUUUGGCGAGGACAUUCCCGAGGCUCCGGAGCGCAAGAUGACCGAUACCAUCAACGAACCAAUUAUGCUAUGCCGUUUCCCGGCGGAGAUCAAGUCCUUCUAUAUGCAGCGCUGCAAGGAGGAUCAGCGUUUGACCGAAAGCGUGGACGUGCUGCUGCCAAAUGUGGGCGAAAUUGUGGGUGGAUCGAUGAGGAUCUACGACAGCGAGGAGUUGCUCAAGGGAUACGCACGCGAGGGCAUUGAUCCGACACCCUACUACUGGUACACUGACCAGCGCAUCUACGGAACUAUGCCCCAUGGCGGCUAUGGUUUGGGACUGGAGCGCUUCCUCUGCUGGUUGCUCAACCGCUACCACAUCCGCGAAGUCUGUUUGUAUCCCCGAUUCCUCGAUAGAUGCAGGCCCUAAGCUGUGGAAGAGAAUCUUUUCCGUCACUCGGCAUUUAAAGCGGUUGAAAAAUAUAUUGCAACACUAAUCUAACUAGCUUCUGCUAUUAAAAAUGAAAUUUAUUACACUUAUUAAACUGUAUAACCAUAAAUAAAGGCCACGCCUCCGCUUCAUUUCAAUGAUCAAAAAUUAAA